GGAGGAGGAGGAAAGAAAAGGAAAAAGAGGCAGCGGAAAACUGUCUGUGGACCCUGAACCAGAUAGGAGAUGAUAAUAUACAACAACAACAUUAUUUGCCAGCCUGAAUCUGACCGUUGCAAACCUCUGAAGCGUUUAUCCUUCUCUCUCUGAACCAGCUGGUCGUGUUUCUGUUUCCUGAAUUUCUCUUCUUUCAUUCUCACAAGUUGUUUGAAACUUUUUUUUUUCCAAGCGGAGCUGGAGCCGGAUUUUGCGGUGACUGCAUAGCAACAAAACCCUGCUGCGUUUCUCUCCUGGAGGUUUAAAACAAAUACAAGAGCAAAGAGACCAGAAAGUCCCUGUGGAGGAAAUCAUGGAGAUUCUGGACAGCAGUGAACCGUUUCUACACUGGGACAGAAACCUCAGCGAGCUGUCUGAGGCCGGGGAGGUCGACUGUGUCCUUUACACCAAUCAUUUCUCUGAGCUUCUGGACGACCUGUCCCAGGAUGCUUUGCUGGGCCAGCUGCUCAGCGACCCCUUCUUGUCAGGCGGGAGAGGUGGAGUGGAAGCGAUGGAGUUGGAGGAUGGUGGCGAGCUGUCCCCGACUUCCCCUCUCCCGCCACACAUCACCGCCGAGCACAGCUACUCACUGUGCGGCGACAGCCGACCUCAGUCACCGCUUUCGCACCUGACCGGAGAGCACGGCAGUGAAGCAGCAGACUCAGAUGGAGAUGCAGCUGAGUGGGCCAUGGAGCAGGAGGAGGCCAUUGAGGGCCUCCUGUGUGAGACUCCAUCCCUCCUCCCCACCCUUUCUCUAGCUCUGGCCUCCAGCGAGGGGCCCCAGGCACAUGAGGGCUCAGCUGUGGCCCCUGCCCCUGCAGCUCAGGCAACAGUCUGCAGUAACAUCCAGGGCAAAAACAUCAAGAUAAAAGAGGAAAACAUCAUCCCUCAGAUUAAACUGGAACCUCAUGAAGUGGAUCAGUUCCUCAAUCUCUCACCCAAAGGUCUGGAGUCUCUUCAGAUGCCUCCCACUCCUCCCAGUUCCCACGGCAGUGACUCAGAGGGCAGCCAGAGCCCCGUCCAUGCCCCACCUGGCCUUUCCUGCCCCACUUCCCCCACUUCCCCUACUUCCCCCACCAGCCCACCUCCAUCUCAGACCAGCCUGAAGGUGUCGCCUCGCGCUGCUUCCUCCUUGUCCAACUCCCCCCUGCUCACAGCUCCUCAUAAACUGCAGGGGUCAGGACCCUUGAUCCUGACCGAGGAAGAGCGUCGUACGCUGGUGGCCGAAGGUUAUCCAGUUCCCACCAAACUGCCACUCACCAAAGCUGAGGAGAAGGCUCUGAAGAAGAUCCGCAGGAAGAUCAAGAACAAGAUUUCAGCUCAGGAGAGUCGUAGGAAGAAGAAGGAGUACAUGGAUGCUCUGGAGAAAAAGGUGGAGACCUGCUCCAAUGAAAACAACGAGCUGCGAAGGAAGGUGGAAACUCUGGAGUGCACAAACAAGUCUCUGCUGCAGCAGCUGCAGUCUCUUCAGACGGUGGUGGCAGGAAAAGUCCCAAAGUCCUGCAGGGUGGCUGGCACCCAGACCUCAUCGUGCUUAAUGGUUGUCGUGUUGUGUUUUGCUCUGUUUUUGGGGAGUUUUUAUCCGGGCAGUUUGACUCCAUGUUCAAGUGUCACAGAAACAGUAGUGGCUUCAAGACAGAUGGAUGUCAAAGAGUCCUACAUAGCCACAGUGAAGUCCAGAAAUCUGUUAUCAACCUUCGAAGACGAGCAGCCGCACCUCCUCGGCCUGGGAGGCGAAUAUCCAGAUCAGUGGGAGGAUACGCCAGCUGUCGUCGUGGCUGCAUGGCGUCGCUCAGAACAACAGAAACUCGGGGUGGAGCCCAGCAGCGUGGAAACACACCCACCUUUUAGGAAUAAAAACGACACACAGACCCAAAAAAACCUGCUUCUGGACCUGCACAGGUCUCAGGAGCAGAGGGCGAACGAGAGCAGUAGUAAAGUGAUAGAGCUGGAGCGAUCAGUCAACGAGACCUCCUAAGGUUGAAGUUAACGCCCUAUGAUGAGUUUAUCCCUCUAGAGCAUGUUCAGUGUCCUGGAGAAAACCUUAUACAGAAGCUUCCACUGCUGAUUAAGGUCAUUGUUUGAUGCCAUAUCUGCUCAAUCAGUACACUGUAAUGGUAGAAAUAAUAAUAAGGCACAAAGAGGCACUGGUUGUCUUUUUCUCUAAAUUAAAGUUGCACUGAUAGUUUUAUGAGUCAGCUUGAGACUCUGAGUUUAAAGAAAAAAAAUUACAUUGAGAGUAGUGUGGCAUUUAUUCCAGAGAAAAUUAUAUUAAAAUAUGACGUGAGGCUUUGUACAGGACACUGAUGAUGACAUCUGUAUUUAUAGAAAACUUUUUUGGAUUGUUUUGUUGCUGUUAAAUAUUUUUAUUUCAUUUCAGUAAUGCAUUCAUCCUAUUUUGAUACAUGCUUGUGUUGAUAUUAUAUUUUGUGUUUUUAUUAUUUUAUUAUACUCUUUUAUAUCUAUUGUUAAUAUUUACUUUAUAUAAAUCAAAGUUUCAUGCAUUGAGGCAUUUGAGGUUUUUUUGACUCAUUUGGAAAAUCUGACUAGUCCCUUGUUAAGUGUUAAAUUAUACAAAUAUAUUUAUACAAAUGGUCGUUUCAUAUCAUAUUUAGGAUGAUUAAAGGCUGACUGCACAAGCUGCAGUUGCUUUAAUGCAAAAAAUACAAACAAAUUGGGAAAAAAUUCAAACCUACUGGGGAUUACUUUCUUGUACCAAGUUUUGUGUUUUGCAUUUGUGGAUAAUUUUUAGCUAAUCUUUAAAAGUUUAAAUAUUAUAUUAUACAAUUAUACUUGUGGUUCAAUUCAUUUAGGCUAUUUCAUCCCAAAACCAAGUGUUAGGCAGAUAUAUAUGACCAAAAAGUUGUGAGAAACUGCUAGGCAUCUCUUAGCUUAGUAUAAACCAAGUUAAUCCAAUGCUUAGCUUAGUUAAUUUUUUAAAAAUCUUUAUUUUAUAUUUAGUUGUGUUCAACUCAGACGUUAAUAUUUUAUACUUGGUGUUCUACAAAAUUAUUAAAGUUAUGGCUGGGUUAAAUUGGUCUAUUUCAUCACAGGAAAACAAGUUUGAGGCAGUUAUUUUACCACAGAGUCGUUUCCUAGCAGUGGAAAAACUGUUAGCUGUUGAUUAGCAUAGCAUAAAUGAAGCUAAUCCAAUGCUUAGCUUAGUUUAUAUUUAGCUUAGCACUGAAGUCGUUGUGUAGACACAAAAUGGUACAGAGAAAAGGCUUUCUUGUCAUACUGAAUACAUUAAAAGAUCCCAGUAUUUCCCAAAAUGUUGAAUUACACAAUUAAAAUAAAUGGAAGUUAGCCUAAAAUCCUCUGCUUUACUUGCUUUUGACCUCCAUGAGCUUUCGCCUGCUAUUUCUCAGCUAUUGCCAAAAAUAUUUUUUCUUAUACAUGUGGGGGACAAAAAUCUAUUUUUGUAAAUGUGAGUUCUUUAUGAACAAAAUAGUCAUGGAUAUGUAGAUUAAAAAGUGAUCCAUUAUUCUCCCCCAUUGUAUUUUUUGGGCUCUGUUGUGUUGAUAAAUUAUGAGUGCACGAUGUGAUAGCAGCAUGGUCUGUCCUUACUUUCUGUCAGGUUUAGUUUAGUUGGAGGUCAUGACUUUAAAGUUGUAACGGUUCUCUUUAAGGGUCUUACUUGUUUGUUUAGAAACGCUUUCUCUUACAAAUGCAAACGCUCAAAACGUCAGAAUAAAACUUUCAACACAAGGUGUUUCUGGUUGAGUUUGCAGACUUGAAAACAGGAUUUCUGUCUUGUGUUUAAAAGCUUUCAAGAUCAGUGGGUUUAUCAUUAAAUAUUUCUGUAUGUUGACUUGUUGCACUGAUGAUGGUCUUUAUAUAUUUUACAUUCUCCACUGCCAGGUCUGCAAAUGACCUACCGAAUAGAUUGAAGCACAAGACAAAUUUGUAUUUUUGUUUUAAAUAACCCAACAAUAGAAUUUUUCCAAUCUCAUAUCAGUUUCCUUUUUUUUUUUUUUUUUUUUUUUUUGUUGCUCCUGUGUAUAAAACUGUCUGAACCAGCUUCUAUCCUGUUGCUUUUAAAAUAAAGUAUUUUCCUUAGUAAAAGCAUA